AUGAAAAAUAAUGUGACUGAAUUCCUUCUUGUUGGACUGGCCAAGGACCCAGCAAUUCAGAAAAUAGUAUUUUUCAUCAUCUUGAUUUUCUAUAUUUCCACUAUUCUAGGGAAUGUGCUCAUCAUUGUCACCAUUAAGAAAAGUCCCACACUUAGGUCUCCCAUGUACUUCUUCCUGACCUAUUUGUCCUUUUCUGAUGCAUGUUUAUCUUCUACCACAGCCCCAAGACUCAUAGUAGACAGUUUACGUAAGAGGAAGGCUAUCUCCUAUGAUGAGUGCAUGAUUCAGUUAUUUACAGGGCACUUUUUUGGCUGCAUGGAGAUCUUGGUCCUCAUUCUGAUGGCCUAUGAUCGCUACGCGGCCAUCUGUAAACCUCUGCACUAUUUAACCAUAAUGAGUAAGAAGGUGUGUAGGAUCUUGGUGGAAUUAGCUUGGUUGGGAUCAUUUGUACAUUCCAUUGCCCAGAUCUUCAUUGCCUUGAGUUUACCCUUUUGUGGUCCCAAUGUAGUCAACCACUACUUCUGUGAUUUGCAACCCUUAAUGAAAUUGGCCUGUACUGACACAUAUGUCCUAAACCUCUUGGUUGUUUUUAACAGUGGAGCCAUCUGCAUGGUAAGCUUUUUAUUGCUCAUGAUCUCCUACACUGUUAUCUUGUAUUCUCUGAGAAAUCACAGUAGAGAGGGGAAGUACAAAGCUCUUUCCACCUGCAGCUCUCACAUAAUUGUUGUCCUCAUAUUCUUUGGCCCGUGUAUAUUCAUAUACACCAGGCCACUCACCACUUUUCCUGUGGAUAAGUUGGUGGCUGUGUUUUAUGCCAUUGGAACUCCUUUGCUCAACCCUUUGAUCUACACACUGAGGAAUAAAGAAGUUAAAACUGCCAUGAGAAAACUGUGGAGCAAUAGGAAACCUUUACAUAAAAAACAAUGUUCAUAG